AGAUUAGUCAAGGAGAACCAUACGUCGCACUUCCUGAUUGGCUGUCCCUGACCGGGUCAAACCACAUUGCGCUUGCGCAGCUGAGCCACACGGGCUAGCUACUGGAGUCUGACAGAUCAGCGCGGAGUCUUCAGCUAAUACUCGAAUAUAAACCAACACAUUUCGUGUGAAGUUGCUUCGAACGACAGUUAAUACUGCGGUGCUUCGUCGUUCAGCUUUUUUUGCGUCCUCGACGUCGGAGUGGAAGCAAAUAAUGAAGAACAGUUCCAAGAGGAAAGAGGAAGGUCCUCAGCUGAAUGGUGGUGUUAAACAGUCCACAUGGAGCAAAGCCUUCAACAGUAACGCCGUUUGGGAGGAGAAGGAUGAGUUCUUAGAUGUUAUAUACUGGCUCCGCCAAAUAAUCGCAAUAAUACUCGGAGUGAUAUGGGGGGUCGCACCGUUGAAAGGAUUUCUUGGAAUAGCCAUAUUCUGCAUCAUCAAUGCUGGGGCCCUGUACGUGUACUUCAGCAGUUUUCAGCAGAUCGACGAGGAGGAGUACGGCGGCACGUGGGAACUCACCAAAGAAGGCUUCAUGACAUCUUUUGCUCUAUUUCUGGUGGUCUGGAUCAUCUUCUACACGGCUCUACAUUUUGAAUGAGCAGCCAUGACACAAUGCUUGAACACACUUGAACAUUUUCAGUGUCAGGAAUGGGAAUCGCCACGUCUCAAUGGGUGUUCCCUGCUCGUACCAAGACUCUUCAGUGUGUGGUGCAUCAUGGGAAUCCAAGUCUCUCCAACAAGAGCGUCACGCUGAAUGUGGUCCUUCUUAUUUGUCUUGUAUCAGAAUGUGAUGCUGAUCAUUACUUCUACCAAACUGAAAUUCACUCGGUAAAUCAUCCUUGAUAAAACACUAAUAUUUUUUUUGUAGAAUUGGUCCUAAAGAUCUGAGCAAGGAUCUGAAUAUUGCCAUUUCUAAACCCGGGAUUCAGGAAGUUUGCAUGUCUGUCAAUAACUGAUUGUAUUGAACAUCACCAAUCAAUUAUUAUUGCCAGCUCACAGACAAGCAUUUGUGCAACAGUAUUACCUUGUGUCUGGCACUCCAGGACAUAGAGUUAUUUAAUAGUUAUUUUUUACCAUCAAAAGCAACAAUUUUCUGGAAUUUUUUUUUGGCACACGUUGGAUGUAAACAUCCUUUUCCCUAGAGUGUGUGCUGUCAUGUCUUCAUUAUUUGACUACAAAACAAUAACCUCACCUUAUUUAUCAAGUCACCCGAAUUUGGAAGAAACCAUUCAUACGGACUUCAUAUGCAAUUGUUCAGAGUCGGACUCUUGUCUCUGUCGCGACUCGCUGUAUGACUGGAAUCUUCUUUGAUGAUUGAUACAGCCUCGGAGUGUAGUGACUAUUUAAUUUGUACUCACAUGUAGCUUCCAUAUCUAAGUCUUACAUGUUGUUUUGAAAUUAAUUUAACUUUGUUUGUAAAUUCUGUCCCAUUGUUACGGAUUGAUUUCUUAUAUCCUGUUUGAUGUAACAUUUCUCAGUAUUUUAUAGUUGAAGACUUUUAAAAAAAAGGGUCUAAGUUAUUGAGAGGAUGCUGAUAUAUUCGAUACAUGCCACGUGUUGUAUUUUCUGAUCAAAUCUUUUGGGAAUCAUUAAACAUGGGCUUUAUUUGGCCUCCAUUUUC